AUGGGAUGCAUUUCAGUCUCUAUUGCGGACUUUGUCCAUAGUGGAUUAAGUCCUUAUGAGGCUUUGCCAAUCGAGAAAGACGACUUGGAAAUUAGCACAACAGAGAAACUUCCAUCGACAACUUCUGGAAUAGACGUUUUGGUGGGGCCUAUCGAAAUGGACUGUCCUAGACCGACCGAGCCUACGUGGACUACCCAGGUUGGCACGCCACCUCUCUCGACGCAAGCAAAGCAAGAGUUAAAGAAGUACGAAAGUCUCUUCGACAAAGUCCGCCGUAAGAAAAAGAAACGAGCGUGUUCAUUUUCUGGAUGCGCUCCUCAAAUUUGA